GUCGCAUUAUACUGUACAUUUACCUGGUGUUUACCUUCCUGCUAGAAGUUCACAUUUUACAGUCGUUUUACUCCUUUAAAGUAAUAACUUGUAUUAUUGGUAACCAUGGCAUCAUCGACACCCCUAUGUGGUGUUUGUGAUCAAAGUAAUAUUACCAAAUCAUCCACAAUCUGGUGUUUUGAAUGUGACGAAGGGCUUUGUUCUGAAUGCAAAGACCACCAUAGUCGGUCAAAGGGAACACGAAAACAUUGCACGCUGCCAAUAAGUGAGUACCAGAAAAUACCAUGUGAUAUUGUUAAAAUCACUCAAACCUGUGACAAACAUAAUGAGAAAUUUACAAUUUAUUGCAAAAAGCAUGAAUGCCUUUGCUGUGGUAGUUGCAUUGUAGAAAAUCAUAUGGAAUGUCGAGACUUCGACAAAUUGGUUGAUGUUAUUCCAAACAUUAAACUUUCAAAUGCCUUUUACGAAAUAGAGCAUUCAUUUGUAGAACUUUCCACCAAUAUUCAAAUAAUCCGAAAUGACAGAGAAAACAACUUGAAGAGAUUAUCCGAAAAUAAAACGCAAAUUGAAAAAGAAAUCAAACAAACCAGAAUGACAGUCAACAAUCAUUUAGACAAAAUACAAAACGACAUUUUAAAAAGGUUAAAUGAAACCGAAUUAAAGGAAAGUACGAUAAUCAGCCAACUACUGAACUUAUUGAAGAAAAAUGAAAAUGAGAUAACUGAAUCCCGAACAAACAUUGAAAAUAUCAAGCUACAUGCUACAGAUCUUCAGGCAUUUAUUUCCAUGAAGGAGCUAGAAAAAAACCUCGCUAGCAAAGACGAAUUUCUGCAAUCAUUAAUAAACAGUGAAAACUUUAAAAAAUGCGAACUCUCGUACACUGCCAAUGCCGCCAUGCAAGAUUUAGACAAUCGUAUCAAGAAUUUUGGAGAAGUAAAAAUUGAAAAAAAAACAUGCGAUGUAGUUCUCACAAGGAAGAAAAACAAACAAGCCCAAAUAAUGCUUCCGCACAUAUCAUCCAAAUCAGUUGACAAUAUCAAUUUGAAAUUGCUUCAAACUAUUAAUGACAUAGGAAAUUACAUUCGGGGCUGUUGCAUGUUACCAAAUGGUAAAAUGGCGUUUUCGCAUAACUAUGGGAAAGUUGUUCGAGUAUUCGACUUGAACAGCAAGAAGGACUUUCAAGUAAAUACAAGAACAUAUGCAUUUGACGUAGCGUACAUCAGUCACGACAACACACUUGCUGUAACAUCAGGAGAGUCUGAUACGAAAUGUAUCAUAAUCAUAGAUAUACAAAGCAAACAAAUCAAGAAAAUUAUACCAGUCGAUUCUAAGUAUUACGGUAUAGGAGUGACAUCAGAAGGCAAACUAAUUUGUUCCGCAGCAGGAAAAGGAAUUCAACUGAUCAAUCUGCACAGCAGCUCAAUUACUGAUAUAGUCCGCGAUAAUCAAAUACCAGCGUCUUGUUACGUGGCAAUAUUUGGUGACAAAAUUUUCCAUACAAACAACAAAUCACAAUCCGUAACAUGUUAUGAUCUACAAGGUACAGUAGAAUGGACAUUUCAGAACGAACGAGUCCUCAUCGGUCUGAGAGGUGUAUCGGUCGACAAUGAUGGUAAUGUUUACGUAGUAGGAGAAUCGUCGAAAAAUGUAGUAGUUAUAUCUUCUGAUGGACAUCAAUACAAAGAGAUAGCUACAGUCAGUGAUGGUCUUAGUCUACCUAUAUCCCUUGAUUAUAACAGAAAUACAAAUCAGUUACUAGUAUCAAAUUUUAGUAAAAAGGCAAUGACUUUUACUUUGAUAUAAAUACUGAUAAUUUAACUUAACGAGAUAAACUUUAUUAACUAAACUGAGCUAAUAACAGCCGUUUGAUAUCUUAAUGCUGUAUUUGUUUUUCUAAAAAAAAAA